UACGAAGCGGCCCACACAUCUCACGGUCGUCCUUCCUUUCAGCACACCCCAGCACCGGAGUACACCAGGGGGUCAGCCGGAUCAGGGGUACCCACGUCGAGCACGGCACCACCACGUCCGCAGGUAUUCCAAACUCCGCCUUAUGUUUACCCCUCGCAGGGAGCAUCUGGGUCGGCACACUUCCCUUACAUGCCAACGGGGGACAACGUGUUGAACACACCAGCAUGGGGACUUCAUAUCACUCCGCGUGCGCCAGAGCAGGGCCACACACAGCACACAUACGAUGAGUACGGUUCGGCGUCGACGCAUCACGGAAUGCCUGCUUACUCCCCUCGCACAGCAUUCAUUGAGGACUUCUUUUCCACUGAUCCUCCCCAGGGGGAAGUAGGGAUGGAUUACUGGCACGCAGCACCUCAGGUCACACAGCCGACGCAGGAGACGGAGGCCGGUCAGGGGCCAGACGUGACACCACAGCAGGCAGCUAGAGAUAGGCACCCCCCUGAUAAUUUGACAUAUCUCACUGAGCAGAUUAGGCGUAGGAAGAAGGGAGGACCUAGCAAGCGUGCGAAGGGCACUAAUCGUCCUUGA